UAAAAAUCUAAUUAAACAGGGAUUACCUUGGACUUCAGAUGAAUUGACAAAAUCAAUGAUGGCGGAUGCUGUAGAAGCUGGUUUGGUGUACAGACCGGAUAUGCUCUGGAUACAUCCUGAUCUGGGUACAUCGGAUAGGUUUAUGUUUUCUCCGGAUAUACUACUCAUUAGGUUAGAAAAGGCAGUGCCUUCUUUUACUGACAGUGUACGGCCUGUCUGCCUAGCAGUUCCAGAUCUCGUCGACUAUCCUCCUUGUCCGGAUAUUUCAUUGGAUAGGAUUGCAGAAGUGAAUGAAGCAGGAGCCGUUAAGGGGAAAAUGUUGGGUGGAUGUGGAAUAAUAGCUGGAUGGGGAGAAAAGUAUGAAAGGUCUGACAACUUCUUAGAACAAGAGUUUUGUUCCACAGUUCCGAAUACCUUCUUCCCUGGGCGAGCCAAGCCUUGUGAGAAAUCCUGGUCCUUGGAAAACAAGACAGUUGAGCAUAAUCAAUGUAUUCUCAAGAAACCUCUUCUUUUAGAUUUUGAAACCCCUUGCCAGGAGUUUAUGCUAGAGACGAACUACCAAAAUGCCGUAAACAUCGCUAAUUGGCCAUAUGGAGAUUUCAACAAAAUCGCUAACAUUGCUCCGGUGAAAAUUGUGCAGAUAAAAAAUCAGGAAAACCAGACCCACACCUGUAGUACUACUGAUUUAGAGGCUGUGGAGCGUUUGUACAAUGCUGAGAACCCGGACCCAGACUCCAGGUUCCCUGGGUGGUGUGCUACAAAUGUCGAUAAGAAUGGUAAAAUAAGGGAGGUUGGUCUCUGCGCUGAUUCAUGCAUGUCUGAGGUCACAAAUAUAGACUUCACAAGCAUUAACCUGCUAACUCAAGAUGAGUGCAAGUACAUCUUUGAACUUUCAAAAUAUUUGAAUCCUGAUUCUUCUGAUAUUGGUUUCCAGUCAGAAAUUGAGAUGUGUGGGGGGAAGAAGGCUUAUCUUCCAGCUGAGCGGGGAGUGUUUAUCAAAUUAAGGAAAACCAAAGCAGAGAGGGAACUAGAUCGGCAACUUUUCUUGAAAUUCAGAGAACUUCUAACCGCCAAUAAGGAAUAUAUGAGACCGACCAAGUACAAGUAUAUAUUCCAAGGAAAUAAAAUGGAUCUGACAGGCCUACCUGAAAAUUAUCCUUACAAUUGGUAUCUAGGAGGACAAGACAGUUGUCAGGGAGAUUCAGGAGGUCCUCUUAUAAGAAAUGUUCCGGUGAACGAUAGGGUCCGAGCAACGCAGGUUGGAGUUGUAGCACGUGGUUCCGGUUGUGCUAGGUUCAACCGACCCGGAAUAUACACAAGGGUGACUAGGAUUUAUGAUUGGUUGAAGAAAACAAUUUUGGAAAAUUCUGGAGGAACUCCAAUGUGUUAUUUAUAAAUAUUUUUAUAUCAACAUUUUAAUC